GCUGUAUGGCAUGUAUCAGUGUUUAGGGAAGUAAGUAUUGUGUACCGUUUACGUCCUGCCUUGUGGAAGUCCUUGUGUCCACGUUCGAUUAUAAUCAUAAGGCACGUAAUUGCAUCAGCCGGUAUCUUUAAAACAAGUGUGUUGGAGGUAGUGUAAAACACCAGAAAAGCGCUGCUGGGAAAAAAGUUGCAUGCUGUGGUUCCACGUACUGUACAGAAAAGGAAGACAGUGAAACAGCUUGUCAGCUUUAGCCCAAAGCAAAGGGGGUUCAUAUGUAAUAUACAUAUUACCUCUCUCAGUCAUCAGUAGCUUUUUAUUUUUUUGCAUUGACGUGCAUUUUUUAACAACAAUGUCUGAAUUUAUUUUAUUGGCACUGAUCUCCUUUCUGUUCCUGUUUCUACUUUUGACUGUUUUGGGAGUCGUAUUGUAUUCCGGAUUGUUUACGGAGGUCAUUAUCCGGACAGGGUCCUCGCCGAUCAAGAAUAUGACCAUUGCCUACAAAUUCAAGCAGGGCUGUUAUAAAGAGAGCGGGUCUGUCUUCACUGAGAGUUGCAGCAUCGGACCCAAGUUUUCUUCGAUCGGUGUGUACUAUGAUGAUCCCAAGCAGGUGCCUGCGGAGAAGUGCCGCUACUUGGCUGGCAGUGUCCUGAGCGAGGGUGAGGAGAAGCCCUCCGAGGAGCUGCUCAAGCUUUACGAGAAGUAUGGCUUCAAGAUCUUCUCCUUUCCUGCUGUCACGCACGUCGUCAUGACAACCUUCCCACACAACACCUUCCUGUCUAUCUUCUUAGCCAAUUGGAGAGUGUACCCUCAAAUGGAAAGAUACAUCAAGGAACGGAAGUUGUGUGCCCAUCCCUUUCUUGAGCUCUACCAAGGAAACCUGAUUUACUACAUCUGCCCGCUGGCCAGGCAGGGUGACUUCUAUGUGCCGGAGAUGAGAGAGACAGAGCGCAGGCACAAAGAGAAGGAGGAGGAUUCUGAGGAUAGACAGACAGACAUCACAGGUGCCGACUCAAAUAGUGACAUAACCAAGAGUCGAGAGACUUCACUGGCAACAUCAGUGGCGAUGUCUAUGGCUUCCCAGGAACAAGAGGACGACACCAGGAGCGACAGGAGUGGCAAAGGCUCCAGCGACUCUGUCGGCAGUGGCUCCUCUUUUGAAGAUCUCGACCUGGAAGUGAUUGAGGAAGUCGAACCAGCAGUGGUCAACAAAGGGCAGGAUGUAACCUCAGAGGAGCAGGGACCAAUCCCAGUGGAAGAGGAGGAGUAGAAUCGAGGAGAAGCGGGAAAAUGUUUUGAUGUUUUUUGCUAAAAAAAAAAAAAAGAGAAAUGUAAAAGUAGUUCAAGAAAGUACAAAAGUAUUUGUUUAAAAUGGCACCAGAAUAACCAUGAGAUUUUUAUGAUUAUUUGUCUCUUGCAAAAAAUUAAGUUUUAGAUACUUUCGUAAUGAUUCAGAGCAGGCAAGGCAGGGGCUGAAGGGAUGAGAUGGGCAGGUGGAAAGCCCAGUUAGCCUGGAAUAAUUUUGGUAAAAUAGCUUACUAAAGCUAGGCCGAAUAUAACUACAGUUCUUUGUGUAUACUAUAGUAAAUUGUCAUCACUAUCAUUGAUUCAGUUUUGGUGACAGGUAGCAUUGCAAUUGCUAAACUGACAACCAGCUAUAAGCGGUCUGAAGCAUUACAACUUGCUGUACUGUCAAUUAGGGGCUAAAGUAUGAUAUUUUUUAUCAAUACAUUUGUGUGUCUGUAUUUCUGAGUUUGAAAAUAAAACCUCUUUGUAAAUUUCACUUUGUUAUAGUACCUAAUGGCAGUUGUUUGUAAUGUAUAGCUUGAGUACAGUACAUAGUAAGUAUUGGUUUCAUAACACUUGUCCUGAGUCAAAUCAUGUUGUGUGACUUUGAGAAAAGGUUUGUGUGUUCCUCGUUGUCAUGAGAUUUAAAGAGUUGCCAGGUGGUGUCACAUACUCUAUGUAGUCAUGUUCCAUGGAGCAAUCACCUAAACUGUUCAAAAGACCAGCAUGACUAAUAUUAUUUUUGACACUAUGUAUUUCUAGCUAAUGCUUUUAUAUUGUUAGUUUACUGAUGGGGAAAUGAUUGCUGUUUCACAGGAUUUUUUGGGUCUGUUUUAAUAAAGUCUCUCUUCCACCUAAAGGUGACAGAUCAA